AUGCCAAAUGUACAAAAGUCAAUGAGCGUCCAGGAACAAGCAAGUCUUCGCAACUUUACAACAUGCAGGUGUUGGCCAGAGAAGAAGCCGAGGCACCGAAAUAAUCACGAAACCAUGAUUCGAAAUACCAAUAUCCCGGCACCGAAAUUCAGAGACGGCAUCAAGUGGACGACGUCGCAGUCGUCAAAUGACCGGCCGGAGCCCGGAGGUCUUCUUCUUAUGAGAGUUUGGAUAUUUUACGGUUCGGGACAAAUUCAACGUUGGUUCGGAGCGUGGAUCCCGGGUGUGACUGGAUUGAGAGCCGGCAUCCCACUAUCGAGACUGUCAUUUCAUAGCACGUUCGAUUCCCGGGGGGAUGGAUGCCACAACGUUUCGGCAGAUAGCGGUCUGGGCAUUUUCGGAGACGGGAAAUCCUCACGCUGGGCUUCUAUUGUGGUAUGCGGUGACCACGGCAAGGACUGA